AUGGUCGAAUCAAUAAUUGGCAUUCGUGGAAAAGAUUUCGUUCUUUUAGCUCAAGAUGCUAAUACAACAAAAUACGGUAUACUUAAUAUGAAAUUCGAUACGAAUCGUUUAUUUAAAUUAAGCGAACAUUGUGCUAUGCUUGCAGCUGGUGAGCCUGGUGAUGCAGUUCAAUUUUCUGAAUAUGUUGGUAAAAAUAUUCAAUUAUAUAAAAUGAUUAACGGCAUUGAAUUAUCGCCGUAUGCAUGUGCAAAUUUUACACGACACGAAAUGGCAACUUCGCUUCGUUCGCGGAAUUCAUUCUUAGCUAAUCUUAUCGUUGCUGGUUAUUCAACAAAUGAACACGAUCAACAACGUGCACAACUCUAUGCCAUUGAUUAUUUAGGUGCUAUGGUCACAUCAAAUGUUGUUGCACAUGGGUUUUGCCAAUUUUUUGCAUUAGCCAUUGGUGAUCGUUUAUGGAAAGAAGAUUUAACUGUUCAGGAAGCAUUAGCAAUGUUACAAACUAUUGUCAAUGAAAUGGGUAAACGUAUGGCUGCAUAUCCACAUUGUGUAUUUGUACGAAUUAUCGACGCAAAAGGUAUACGUGUACUCGAUAAUAUGUAUCCACAAAAAAUUAUUGUCACGAAACCAAGUGAACUGGAAUUACAAACAAGUGCUGAUAUGAUGGAUAUUCAUUCUUAG